CGAUACCGAUGUUCGAUGUGCCCCAAAACCUUUUCCAGACCUUCAUCCUUACGCGUGCAUAUUUACUCUCAUACUGGCGAGAAGCCGCACGGAUGUCCCCAUCCUGGUUGUGGGCGACGCUUUAGCGUUCAAAGUAAUAUGCGACGCCACUUGCGAGUACAC